CCUGCCUGCCUUCCACACCCCGUCAAGCUGGGGUAGACGCCUACCACUACACUCUCCCGCGACCCUGCCGCCACGUCCACCUCGCCUCGAAUUUCCCGCCCUCCUGCCUCAUUGCCAGCUCGCCCAGUCACUCCCUUGGACGGGGAAUUGCCUCCCACGCCGUAUUCCUCCGACUCCUCUCACCGGCUUCUCCCACCAAAUAAUCACCAAUACCCAGAACAGGAACCAUGGAGGGCGCGAACCAAACCGACGAGCUGUACCCAAUCGCUGUUCUGAUCGACGAGCUCAAGCAUGACGAUGUCUUGCUGCGAUUGAACGCGAUCCAUCGUCUCUCCACCAUCGCGCUGGCCCUCGGCGCGGAGAGAACAAGAGAUGAGCUGAUACCCUUCCUUGAUGAAUCGGUGGAAGACGAGGAUGAGGUGUUGACUGCCUUGAGCGAAGAAUUGGGCAAUUUUGUUGAGUAUGUGGGGGGCCCUGAGUAUGGUCAUGUCUUGCUCUCACCGCUAGAGAAUCUCGCAGCGAUAGAGGAGCCGCUGGUUAGGGAGAAGGCUGUGGAGUCCUUGAACAAAAUCUGCGAGCAGCUGUCCCAGCAGCAGAUCGAGGAAUAUUUCAUUCCGCUCGUGGUCCAUCUUUCGAAAGCAGAUUGGUUCACCUCCAAGAUUUCCGCGACCGGCCUCUACAACGUCCCCUACACUCGAGCUACCCCUCCAUCCCAGGAAGGGCUGAGGCAACAAUACGGAGCACUUGUUCACGAUGACACGCCCAUGGUGCGGAGACAAUCCGCCAGCAACUUGGCCAAGUUUAUCAAAACUAUGCCCGCGGCUAUCGUCAUCGAUGAGAUGAUUCCGUUGUUCCAACACCUUGCCAGCGACGAUCAGGAUAGCGUGAGGCUCUUGACGGUGGAUAUACUCAUUGCAAUCGCCGAGGCUGUACCGAAGGAGCAACAAUCCAGCCAUGGUGUUCUGCUCACGGCCUUACGGAGCUUGUUUGAGGACAAGAGCUGGCGAGUGCGGUACAUGGUGGCAGAUCGAUUUGAGAAGAUUGCGAAAGCCGUCGACGAGGAAGUGGUCAGCAGGGAUUUGGUCCCGUCUUUCGUCAAGCUUCUCAAGGAUACUGAAGCGGAGGUGCGGAGUGCAAUUGCGGGGCAGAUUCCCGGUUUCUGCGCUCUGCUUGAGGGAGAUAUCCUUCUCCACGACGUUAUGCCGAGCAUAGAAGAGCUUGUCUCAGAUCAAUCUCAGCAUGUCCGCGCAGCUCUUGGCACCCAAAUCAGCGGGCUGGCCCCGAUUCUCGGAAAGGAUGAGACUAUCUCCCAUCUCCUUCCGAUGUUCCUUCAGAUGCUCAAGGAUGAGUUCCCAGAUGUUCGGCUGAACAUCAUCUCAAAGCUUGAGCUCGUCAACAAUGUGAUCGGCAUCGAGCUGCUUUCUCAAUCUCUCCUUCCCGCAAUCGUGACCUUAGCAGAGGACAAGCAAUGGCGCGUCCGACUCGCAAUCAUCGAAUACGUUCCUCUCCUCGCUUCCCAAUUGGGAGUGAAGUUCUUCGACGAGAAGCUCAGCAGCCUGUGCAUGAGCUGGCUUGGAGACACUGUGUUUUCCAUUCGAGAAGCCUCAACGCAGAACCUGAAGAAGCUUACCGAAGUUUUCGGAGUAGAGUGGGCCAACGAAGCCAUCAUCCCCAAAGUCAUAGCCAUGGGCCAACAUCCAAACUACCUAUACCGAAUGACUACCUGCUUCGCCGUUUCUACUCUUGCACCGGCUCUUAGCCUCGAAGUGAUUGAAGCAUCGAUUCUGCCCAUGAUGGAUAAGCUGGUCAACGAUGAUAUCCCCAACAUCCGCUUCAAUGUCGCCAAAUCCUACGCUGUGCUCAUCGAUACCCUGAAACAGCUUCCGGAACACGGAACUGUUCUCUCUCUCCAGAAAGCCGGAACACCGGGAACCGGCUGCCCGAAGGGACAGGAUCUAAUCGCCAAGCAGAUUCUCCCCAAUUUAGAGAAGUUACAGCAGGACGACGAUGUCGACGUGAGGUAUUUUGCGACCACGGCUGCGCAGAGCUUUACAGAUGCAAUGCAGACGUAGGGCAGCAUAGACUUGACGACGACGAACGGUUGGGAUAUGGACAGUUGCUGGUCACUACGAAAGCAUUGCUUGACACUAAUGAAACGGUCGAGGCUUGGUUUGGGAUGGGUAGAGGAGCUUGAGAGGGGAGAAUCAGACGUGGUAGCGUGCAUAGAGCGGGCGGAGCGAGAGCAGAGGGGAAAUACGUAGGCAGGGAGUCGCCCUGGCUGGAUUUUCCU